UGGAUGGAUGUACUAACCAAACUGAGAGCAAUUACUAAGUUUAUUGUUUGUCUUAAUUAAUGUUUUUGGAAAAGAGUUGUGAAAAUUUGUCUGUGAUUUAGAUCUAGCCUACCAAUUGUUAUUUUGAAUUUAAAUUUGUUAUAUUAAAUGAUGAUUAAAAUAACAUAAGUAAUUUUGAAACGGAAUCGCCAACUAGCUUGUUGUGUUGUUCUGUGUGCCUUUCAUAUUCAUUCUCAUUCGCCCUUUUGAUUUCUUUAAGGUAGAAAUCAAUGGAUCCCUCAGAUUUUAAUGAAUUAUGUAGAAUUUGCGGUUCUAAGACUAGUGUCCUUAUGGGUUUACAGAUAUUCGAAAGAGAAGGAGAUAUGAGGCAGAUUUACAAAAAAAUUACUGAUUGUUUGCCGAUUCAGGUUCACACAUAUGAUAAGUUACCGAAAAUGGUUUGUGAAGAAUGUGUUUACAAGUUGGAUCUUCUAUAUGAUUUUAGAGAAAAGAGUUUGAAGACAGAAAAUGAAUUAAAGAACAUGCUUAAAGAACUGCAAUAUGUUCCGAUGGUUGAACCAAUGUCUAUAUCUGUUCCUAUACAGGUGACAACACCCAUCACUGAUGCAGUGUUGGUCCAGUGUGUCAACCCACCUCUGGACUUACCUCCUUCUGAACCCUCCAUUAUAAAGUCCAUCAACAAAAAAAGUUCUGAAAAUCUGAAGUGUGAACCAGAUGUGUUUAUAAAAAUUGAAAGUGCCAUGGGGGCUAGAGGGGGAGGGAGGAUAGUGAAUGCAAAUCCGAACGUGAUUAGUGAGUCAGAGUCAGAAGAGUCAGAUAGUGGCUCAGAUAGUGAGGAAUCUUCAUUGCCGGAUGGAGACAUGCAGGACGGCAAUACCAUGACUGAAGAAAAUGUUCCUAAUGGAUUGCACCCUGACAAUGGUGUCAUCCAAAAUAAUUUGCUUUCGAGUAGUGACAAGCUUGCCCAACUGACAGAUAAUGGAGAAUUUAUUAUUCCUGAAGCUGAUCAUCAAACUUCCUGGUUCUUCUGUAAUAUUUGUGGUAAAGCAUAUGCCAAGCAAGAGGAUUUUCAAGCUCAUUAUGAAUUUCACUGGAGCAAGUGCAUGACUUGUGAUGUAGUCUUCUCAAGCGAAGAGGCGUUGGCAGCUCACAAGAAAGAGAUGCACAAUAAGAAAAACAAGUCAAACACAAAGGCAGUCACAAACAAAAACCAAGAAGAUGAGGAAGAAAAAGAUAAGGUUAAAAAGAAAAGUGAAGGCAAGAAAGACUCUAAACCAGGUGAAAUGAAAUCAUGUACUGAAUGUGGGAAAGAGUGUCGCACUAACUAUAAACUUACUGAACACAUGAGGAAACACACAGGUGAAAAGCCAUUCCAAUGUUCUUCAUGUGAUAAGGCCUUCCGAUCAAAAAUAGGUCUGGCUCAACAUGAAGCGAAACACACCGGGCAUUAUGAUUACACUUGUAACUCUUGUGGAAAGGGAUUCCAAUGUAAGUCCUAUUUGAUUGUACAUCAACGGGUCCACAGUGAUUUGAAGCCUUACCCUUGCACCACUUGUGGGCGUAACUUCAAAACUAAACAGAGCCUUCUUGAUCAUCAAAACCGACAUUUAGGGUUGAAACCGUAUAUUUGUGAAACUUGUGGUCGGGGAUUUAUCACGAAAGGUCUAUGCAAAUCACAUCAGAGAGUGCACUCAGGUACAGAUAAUCGUCAGUAUCCGUGCACAGUCUGUCAUAAAUUGUUUGUCAGUAAAUCAUAUUUAGUUACUCACCUCAGGAUUCAUACUGGAGAAAAACCUUUUAUGUGUGAGGUAUGUGGGAAGGGCUUUUUGACCAGAGUGGACUUGAGGAUCCACUCGACUCUGCACACUGGUGAGAAAAGCUUUGUGUGUGAAGUUUGUGGUAAAGCGUUUGCCCGGAGAGAUGCCCUACGCUGUCAUAGACGCAGUCACACUGGUGAACGACCAUACCGCUGUGACAUUUGUGGCCAGAGCUUCACACAGUUUUCUCCAAUGGCGAUACACAAGCGACUACACACAGGCGAGCGACCCUACACUUGUGAUAUGUGUGGCAAGAGCUUCGUGUCCCGUUCGACAAUGAUGUCUCACAAGAAGAAACACACCCCUUGAUCUUCACUUUCCUUCUCUCCAUCUAGUAUUUUGGCUGUUCCUUCAGUGGGUACCGUAAUGACAACCAAGAGCCUAGAAGUGACUGAGCAGAAUCUGACACCUGUAAUAGUCCAGCUGUCACAGAUCCAUACCACAUCCGUCCUCCACUAGCAUUGUGGUUCUCUGGUGUCAUGUCUUCUAGCCUAAUUGCUGAGCCUUAUUCUGUAAUCGUCCUUUUAGCUUUGUUUGUGCUGUAUGAAGUACCUGUAAUGUUGUUUCCCCUCUAUGUACUUCAAGCCACCUUUAAGAGAGAUUGGUUGAAUUACAAAUAACAAUAAAUGUCCCUUCCAGCUCAGUCAGAAGAAAAGUAGAUUUCACAUGAGGCCGUCAUUUCAAAACGUUAAACUGAAGAUGCAUUGUAGAUGUUUGAUUAGCGCAACAUUGAUGGAACAAUUAACCUCAUUGUUGACAGUGUAGACUAAUAUUGUUACAACCAUAUAAUUUGUGUAAAAACAUGGACUUAAUUACAAUUAAACCAAAAUUAUCUUUGUAAACAUAUUACUUAUAAUGGUUCAAUUGUGUACUUCCAUAACUUCAAACAGCUACAAUCUUGAAACCCGAAAAGUUAUUGAAAAAUAAGUGGGAAAAAUUUUGCUUGGAAUUACUUAACAAUUUUGUGAAAAUUGUCAAUUUUGAUUUAUCUUAUGGAAUACUCUGAUACAAAUUUAGCCCAAAUGCAAAUGACUGUCAUCUUGAAAUGUAUUGGUUAAAACUGACUAUUGAACUCAUCCAAAUUAUCUACUAGGUUUAGUUUGUCUCUAUUAAGAAGUACGAUAAUUAUUGUGUGCACAGUUAUUUCUGCAAUGUUGUAUACUAGUUAAAACUUUGUACAAUCUCUACUUGGGAACCAUACGUGAUUUUAAAAACACGUUGGAACAAACAUUGUAAAUGAAUUUUAAAACACUUUUGUUUUGCAUCAUAGUGCAUAAUAACUGAUCUAUAACCAUUCCUUAUCCAAAAUUGGAAUGGCCCCCAUCUUUAAUCUUAAGAGAUAUCAAAUCAUGUGAAAAAAUAAGUUGUUUAUAAUUACGUAGUACAGUGCAAUCUCGCUAAUCUGGCAGUAUAUCGGGAUUGGUAGUGUUGGAUUACCGAAAUUGCCGGAUUAAUGGAUGUAUGGGUGAAAACGUACGAAAAACAUACAAAUGUACAUUGAAAUUUAUUAGAAACCAGUUAAAGUAUAGUUUAACAUAAGUAGAACGCAAAAGUACAAUUGGAAAAUAACUAAAUACACAAUAAAACGUAAGGCGCGGCGGGCCGGUGAGUCAUCCGUGCUUGCAGUGACAUGAACCGAAGGGCAUUGACCCGACCCGUCAUCGCUCGCACAGUGCCGGAUUACUGGACGUGCUGUAUUAGCGCACGGCCAGAUUAUAGAGACUGCACUGUAUAUGUAAAAAAUGUAUCAGUUUGGAUCUAAGUUAUUAUCUUGAAACUUUUCAUUAGUUAAGAUUGAUUAACGAACUCAUCCAAGCUAUAUGCAAAUACUGGCUUUGUGUCAAGUUAAGUCUGGAUAUUUUAAAAAUUAUUACAGUUGUCAUGAUCAUAAGUACAUGUUAUAUUGCAUAAACUCAUACUAAUAUAUUCAUUAAAUUUGUAUAAAUGGCAAGUGAGAGAUCCGGGUUCAAAUCCCGACAGAGCACUUUUUGCGAUUCAUUGUUUAUUGAAAUUUAAUGUAAAAAAUUUCAAAUUAUGGUGGUUUUAGAUUCUGGGAGUCAUGGUCUAAUAGAAUGUAAAAAAUCUUCUGGAAAUUCAGUUAACAUGGCUUUAGGUACAUUUCUAUGAAAUCUAUCUAAAAAAUUGAUGGUUACAAUUUAUCAGAAAAUGUGUUGGCUAGAUCUGUAAAAUAUCAAACAAUCAAAUUGGCCAUCCAAAACUUUUCAUAGCUUUGCAAAUUUAUUUUUUGAAACCAUCACACAUACAAGGCCUAUUCCGAUUGUACAUUAUUAAACCUAUAUGAGUUUCUUUAUAAGAAGUUGAAAUUACAUUUAUACAAUACAAAAUAGUACUGAUGGAGAGAUUCCAUACGGGCCCUGGCCUGGCGAUGCGCAGUGGUCUACUUGUCAUUUGGAGGAGUGGGGGUAACGCUUCCUCAGUCUGUAUCGCGGAGCUGUGUGGUGCGGACCUCGCGCUUGCUUGUUCAACACUCUUCUUGCCUCUGUGAUACUUGAACUGUUUUGCUGCCGUUACUGUUUAUAGGAUUUCCGUGUGAUAUUUCUGAAAUGGCUGGUGUAAACUUCAUGAAAAAUGUUGGAAGUGGUAAAGUAUAUCAUAGCCAAGCUCGAGAAAUCGUAGCAAACGUUUAUGAAUACAUGAAACAUGAGAAAGAAAGUGGUGCCGCAAUAAACAUAAACGAUGUUCUCGUCCAUGUAAAAGCUGCAACUGGCGUGCCAUUGACAACUAUAAAAAAAAUAGUUUCUGAGAGGAAAAAAGUAAUUCAAGACAAUGCAGAAUUUAGAACUCAGAAAAAGAAUCGAAAUCGUACAAAACCUAAAACGGAUCUAGACAAUUUCGAUAUAGGUGUUAUUAGGAGGACUAUAAAUGAAUUUCACCGAAUUCAUGGCGAAAGACCCAACAAUAAAAUCUCUGCUAUCUGUUCUGAAAAGUUCAAUUAAUUUUAAAGGUAGUUCUUUCUCUCUUCGAUGCAUUUUAAAGAAAAUGAAUUUUAGAUGGAAGAAGACUACUAAUGACAGAAAAGUAUUGGUAGAAAAAAUUAACAUCCGAGAGAAUUUCAAAAAAAUUAGUCAGUACAGAUCUGAGAACAGACCCAUUAUUUAUAUGGAUGAAACUUAUAUCCAUACGACUCAUGCAACCCCUAAAGCCUGGACUGACGACAGCAAUGAGGGAUGUAAAGUACCAGUUAGCAAAGGAAAAAGAUUAUUUAUUGUACACGCUGGAAACGAGAAAGGGUUUAUAAAAACACGUUGCUAACGUUUGAAUCAGGCAAAAAACCGGCGAUUACCAUAACGAUAUGAACUUUGCAAAUUACGAGAAAUGGUUGAAAAGGAAAUUAAUUCCCAAUCCCCCUGAACAUUCUGUUAUUGUGAUUGACAAUGCCCCAUACCACAAUGUCGAAAUUAACUGAGCUUUGUAAGUGCAACUGGUGGCAUUCAUAAGUACCAUUCCUCCUCUACAUGUAUGUGCAGUUUGAAAACCAUGCGUCAGUCCACUGUAUUGUCAGCAGCGUAAACAUGCUGGCGGAUUCAAAUGCUAUGCCAAUUAGAUGUAAACAACGUGCUGUUAUUGAAUUUUAACUGCUGAAAAAGUGAAUCCUAUUGAAAUCCAUCAGCGUUUAAAGGGUGUUUACGGUGAUAAUGCUGUUGAUAGAUCGACUGUCAAUCAAUGAGUAAUAAAAUUUCGUGGUUGCGAGCCUGGAAAAGCCAUAAUUGUUGAUGAAACACACAGUGGAUCAUGGUCUCAGACGACAAGCAUUACAAACUCGAUGAUUUGAUUCAAAGUAAUCGGCUAAUCACCCAACAGCGUAUCGCAAACCAUGUUGGGAUAUCUAAGGAACGUAUUAGUUUCAUUAUUCAACAAUUAGGAUACCGAAAAAUCUGUGCAUGAUGGGUGCCAUGCCGUUUAAUAGAUAAAAAUAAAUAUCGUUAAAUGGAAUGCUGUCAGCAACUUUUGCAGAGCUACCAUGACGAAGGAGACGACUUUUUUUAAUAUCAUGACAGGGGACGAAUCAUGGUUGCACCAUUAUAAUCCAGAAGAGAAAAGACAAAGCACAAUAUCAACAUUUUUCGGUUCUCCUACUACAAAAAAGUUCAAAACACUACCAUCUACAAAAAAAUCCUUUUGACUGUGUUUUGGGAUGCUCAUUGCGUUUAUGUUACUGAUUAUCUGGAACAAGGCGUUACAGUAAAUUCAUCUCAAUACAUAGAGAAUCUAAAACAUCUCCAACGUUGAGUUUAUCAUGUUAAGAGGCAGCCUUGAGCAAAUAAUCUUGCAACACGACAACGCUUGUCCGCACACUUCACGUGCAACUGAAGAGGCAAUGAGAAAGCUGAAGUUUGAAUCACUUCCACACCCUCCCUAUUCCCAGACCUAGCCCCGAAUAUGAAUGUGAUCUAGCAGAAUAAAUAAGAAACAGUUUCGAGUAGUUUUUGUCGUUCCCACUAAAUUGCAGUUGUUCUUUCAUUUAUUUGUUUCAGACCCAAUUGACGGUAUUCAUGCCAUAUGAUGGUAUUCAAACAGUUGUUCCAAGUAAUCAGCUGAUUCUAUUUCUGUUUGUGUAGUGAAUACAGGUUGUAACCUCACUUUUACGUGGUUGCCUGGAUUGUAAACGUUUUGUUGUGUUACCGUGAGUAAAUAAAAGUGGCUGUUUGUGGAAAUAUUGAUUACUUAAAAUGGUGCCAGAAAGACUUACAGACGGACUUUUGGCCAAGAUGCUCCCCUGAGACUUACUGCUCGGCAUUUUCCCACCACCAUCCGUGCUACAGAUAAGGAUAAACUGAGGGGAGCAUGCCACAUGUGCAUAUAGAGCUGUGUUGGCAAGCAGCGGCGCCAUUCUGCUUUAUGUGUCCAACUGUAUUCACGCCUUUUACACCAUCAAAAAUUUAUGACGAGACUUGUGUACUGUGACUAAUUUGUAUCUAACCUGCACCUUAGUAUGUUUAUGAGAAAAUGGUGAAUAUUUUAUUUUAUUCUCAUAUUUUGUAUAUAAUAACUUUUGUGCAUUAUUAGAUUAAUUUCUGUAUAAAUACAUAAAAACUUCAAAAACGUUUAAUUAAUUGUUUUUCAUAACACAUCUACUGUAUUAAACCCAAAUCACCUAAAAAAUAACAAAUACGAAAAUGAAAAAUCUCACUUUUUAGGACAUUCUUACAGAGGAAAAACCCAACAGUCAAAGGGUUGAAAGGUUAUUUAAAUGAAUUUUCACUCAUAAAACAUUUAAAUUUGCGAUAACUUGUGUAUUAUUUUUAAUAUGAGGUACUAGUCCAUGUUGUUACUGUAAACAAGAGACCAAGAAUUUUUUUAAUACUUCUAAACAAGUUUUGCUUUAUGUUAGGUAUACUGUAUUUUUUUGGAGGGGGUAUAUCUCGGUUUUUAAGGCUGGAAAAGAAAAUAAGUCUUACUACCUUACUAAAAAUUGUAGUUUCAUGAAAUUAUGUAGUGUCUAGGAACUAAUCUAUUUAAGUUCAUUCAGCUUUGAGAAAAAGUCGAGUAAAGUUCAAAUCCGUAAGUUCCAUUUUAUUGUAAUAGUUAUCAGAAUCAUAUAAAUCAGAGAGACUGGUUAAUUUUUGAGAUCUUUAAAAAUUACUUGUUUUGCAAUUGUUUGCAACAAGUAAAAAUAGUGUUAGUUGUUAGGUUUAUGCGAUUGGUUGUACGCUGUGUGAAUUGGAAGACUUUGAUGUUAAGUAAAUGUAGCAUUAUGAGUAAGUAGCGUAAAGCCACUGAAGAAUAUAAAGACAAUAUCUAAUUUUUUUUAACAAAUCUAUCUGAAUGAAUGAAUUAGUGUAUAAUUGUUCAAACUGGAUAGCUACAUCGUACAAAGUACUGUAAAAUUAUUUUGUGAAGAAACUAGUGUAACAUAAGGUACAAUUUUUAAUGUAAAUUAAAUUGUGUAUUUAUCUAUGUAAAAGGUACAAAUAUUUUUUAAAUGUUUAACAUACAAGUUUCUUUAAAUUAGUUAUUUAAUGUUUAUAUUAGAGUAAUAUUAUUUAUUGAAAUGUGUAGCUUCUCUGUUUAUACAUAUCAAUUAAACAGCUGCUUGUAAAGAUGUAAUGGUUUCAUAGCUGUUUGAUUGAGCGUGUUUAAAUAUUUUAAAUUGUAAUAGCUUUAUUUAUAUUUAUUUGAAAAAUAUGGCCAGUGAUUGAUUUUAGGAUAGAGACAUAAUUAUUAUGAAUACAUCACUUCACAUCGUAUACAAAAUCCUUUCUUAGUGCCAAAAUAGAUGUUUGAGGUUAUUUUAUUAUUUGUAUUGUGUUUCAAUGAAUUUUAUAUGAUAAAUUUUAUGAUAGUAUUGUUAAAUUUAAGGUGUACAUUAUGUAUAAAACUAAUUUAAAGUGCCAAAAUAUAUGCACACAAGACUUGUAAAUUACUUGAUUAUGAACUAUUUGUAAUGUUAUUAUCAAAAUAAACUUAUUUACAAUGUU